GCUCUGGAGCGGAUAUCCGCGCAGAAACUUCUAGGCAGGGAGGUGAAGCUGCUCCUCCACCCUCAGUUGACGAGGAUCAGAAGGGUUGGUUAACUUUUCCAGCCCAGUUUGAGGGAUUUUUUGUGUGUUUCUGCUGUGGAUUUUGGUCUCUCUGGUGAUGCCUCCAGACCGGAGCCGCUCUGGGACGCACCCAAACCCGACAGGUGCAACUCUUAAAAACAUCCAAAGACUUUGUGGAAGCUGGUUGCACGUAUAGAUGACGGAUAACGGAUAGUCUGUGGCAGUUUAAAGUUAAAUAUGUCUUCUUUUUGGACUGUUGAUCAGACACUAGAGAUGGAUCGAUCAUUUCGGAAAACGCAUCAGUUUGAAGGUACGGGUUGAAUAGAAACACACGAUGCUGCUUCCAUUCUCGAGGUUACUGUGCUUGUGGUUGUGCAGCGAGGCCGCCGCGACUCAGCUCCACUGGCAGAAAACAAAGACGACUUUCAGUCCUCAUCAUGAAUCCACCGCCGGUGUCAGGAAUGUGCAGGGCUGGAGAUGGCGUACAGUCGUCGGGGAGGACAAUGGGGGGUCGCAUGGGGCGAGUGCGCAGGCCUCGUUGCUGCAUACUGUAAAUCCAUCAUCCUCUGGCCUACUGGGGACGCAGAAACCCCGGCGCGCUGCGCGUAAACGCGACGCACAAAAUGGAACGCGGCGCACCCAAAAGGCUCCCGGAGACGAAGCUUUACGCACGGAUUUAUACCAGAAAGAAGUGCUAAAACCAACCGCGCAUGGACGCUCAUGUAGCCCCGGGAGGACCAGGCACAACUCGCGGCAGGGACGGACCGCAAAACCCAGCAGGAGGAAGCGGAGCGAGCCGCUGCAGGACGGAGCCGCCAUGGCGCAGGAACAAGGUGCCGGACCCCCAUUGGGACUCAACGCCAGUGAUUAUGAGGAGUACUCCCUGACGGAAUUUCCCGACACCACGCCGUUUAUGCCGGUGAACCCGCGGACCAGGCGGAAGCAGGUGAAGAACCCGUUCUACCCGGUCACCGCUGAGUCGUACGGGGCGUACGCGGUCAUGAUCGUCGCCGCCGUCAUCUUCAGCGUGGGCAUCAUCGGGAACGUGUCGGUCAUGUGCAUCGUGUGUCACAACUACUACAUGAGGAGCAUCUCCAACUCGCUGCUGGCCAACCUCGCGCUCUGGGAUUUCGUCAUCAUCUUCUUCUGCCUGCCGCUCGUGGUGUUCCACGAGCUCACCAAGGACUGGCUGCUGGGGGAGUUCUCGUGCAGGAUCAUCCCCUACCUGGAGGUGUCCUCUCUCGGGGUCACAACCUUCACGCUCUGCGCUCUGUGCAUCGAUCGGUUCCGCGCCGCCACCAACGUGCAGAUGUACUACGAGAUGAUCGAGAACUGGGCGUCCACCACGGCCAAGCUCGCCGUCAUCUGGGUGGGCGCUCUGCUGCUGGCGCUGCCCGAGCUGCUGAUCCGACAGCUGGUCACGGAGGACGAUGACCCGCCGGACGUGACGCCGUGCGAGCGCUGCGUGGUGCGGAUCUCCACCGACCUCCCGGACACCCUCUACGUCCUGGGACUCACCUACGACGGCGCUCGCCUCUGGUGGUACUUCGGCUGCUACUUUUGCCUGCCAACGCUGUUCACCAUCUGCAGCUCGCUGGUCACAGCCCGCAAGAUCCGCCUUGCCGAGAGAAGCUGCGUCCGCGGCAGCAAGAAGCAGAUCCAGCUGGAGAGCCAGAUGAACUGCGCCGUGGUGGCAUUGGCCAUCCUCUACGGCUUCUGCAUCAUUCCAGAGAACAUCUGCAACAUCAUCACCAUAUACAUGGCGGCCGGCGUUCCCCGGAGAACCCUGGACAUCCUGCAGCUGGUCAGCCAGAUGCUGCUCUUCUGUAAGUCGGCCGUGACGCCAGUGCUGCUGUUCUGCCUGUGCCAGCCGUUCACCAGAGCCUUCCUGGACUGUUGCUGCUGCUGCUGCGAUGAGUGCGGCCCUCCCCGAUCCGCCGCCGCCGCCACCAGCGAAGUUGACAACGAAUGCAACACCACCGAACUGGAGCUGUCCCCGUUCAGCACCAUCCACAGGGAGCCAUCCACCUCGGCGGGCUACAGCGUUGUGGGGACACACUGCUGA